ACGCACACUUUGUAUACCAUGGCCAUAUGUGCAUCAAACCAAACUAUUGGUUUGUCAAUCGCAUAUCUCAAAAGUUAAUAUUGUUUGUAUUAAUUGCUGUGAAUUUGUGAAUAUUUUAGUAUUAUUUAGUGCAACAACGUUGUGAAACUUGUCGCUGUAUAAUAGAACUAGUUUAAUCACUGAAAAUGGCCGAUGCACAAUCAAUCGCAGAACAUAAGGAAGAAUCAGAUAAACAAGACGAUUCUGUGAAGAACUAUGAAUUUGACGGACAAACUUACAUUUAUACCGAUAAAGCAACAAACGUCACGUACAAAUUCGAUCAAGAGAACAAUAAAUGGAUAGUGAAAGAUGAGAAAGAUAACAAAGAAAGUUCUGAGAAAACUGAAAAAAAGGGAAAUCCUGAUUUCAGUGCAGCUGGUGUUUUUGGUUUUGAAAACGAUACACACACUUAUACCGAUCCAAACGAUGGCAGUAUGUACUUUUGGGAUAAAGAGAAAAGUGCUUGGUUUCCAAAAGUCGACGAAGACUUUAUGGCACGAUACCAGAUGAAUUAUGGUUUUACCGACACCAGUGUAUCACAGCCGAAAUCAACAGAAUUAAAACUUAAUCAUCCUUUUCCACAAAAAAACACCAAAGAAGAAAAAGAGCAGAAGAGAAUAGAAGCAAAACGGAAAGCUCAGGAACCACCAACCUGGUUCGAAGUUGAUGAGGCACAUAAUACAGCUAUUUAUGUCUCUGGUCUACCUCUGGAUAUUACUAUAGACGAGCUUACUCAGCUCUUUACUAAAUGCGGCCUUAUAGCAAGAGAUGAGAAGGGCAAGGAUAAGAUCAAAUUAUACAAAGACAGCAACGGUGAACCAAAAGGGGAUGCUCUUUGCACCUAUAUCAAGGUCGAAUCGGUGGAGUUGGCUUUGAAAAUCUUGGACGGCUCUGAAAUUCGUGGAAAAACACUGUCGGUUCAAAGAGCGAAGUUUCAAAUGAAAGGCGAAUACGAUCCCGCGCGGAAACUCAAUCGGAAAAAAAAGGACAAAGAACGACAAAAAAAGAUGCAAGAAAAAUUGUUCGAUUGGCGACCUGACCGCAUGCGAGGUGAACCGUUGAAGUGUGAACGAGUUGUGGUCAUAAAGAAUCUUUUCACACCUGAAGAUUUUGACAGAGAGGUGCAGCUGCUGCUUGAAUACCAACAGGAUAUCCGAUCCGAGUGUUUAAAGUGCGGUGAUGUCAAAAAAGUAGUCAUUUAUGACAGACAUCCCGAAGGAGUAGCACAAGUUACAUUCCGAGAACCGGCAGAGGCGCAAGCUUGCGUUCAGCUAUUGAACGGUCGUUGGUUCAGCCAGAGAAAGAUCUCAGCGGAAAUCUGGGACGGGAAAACCAAGUACAAAAUCAGAGAAACCGACGCCCAGGUCGAAGCACGACUGGAAAAAUGGGAUAAAUAUUUGGAGCAGAAAGAUGAAGAAAAAGAAGAAAAACAAAAAAAGAUACAGAGCAACAACGAAGGACGAGGAGUGUCGCAAUAAAAACUUACAUCCUACACAAUCAAUAAAAUUGUAAUCAUAUGUCACAGAUUCUAUUUUCUUUAUUUGCAAAAAUUUCUCAUCGUGUCGUUAUGCGCUGGAUCGUUAAGCUCGGAAGUUUAUCUUUCUAGGCAUUUUAUUUUUUAUUAAGAAUAAUAAUCUUAAUCCAUCUCCAAAAAUACGGUCAGAUUAUAUAUACAUAUUACAAUUAUAUAUAAUUCUAACAGCAUGGUUUCAAGUUAUACAUGUUGUUCGUCGCCGUUGAACUACUACUAAUGUUAGGAACAUGUUAGUCGUUGCAGCAAUAAAGAUAUC